AUGUCUCCACCAAGGAAACAGGAACAAAGCAUUAACGAGAAGCUUGCUGAUUUGGACGGAAGAAAGACCCGACCAAGAAGCAGUUGUCGAUACCGAUUGCCGUGCUUGCAUCUUUUGCUGCUGUCAGACUCCUAUGUUAUUUCAUUGGUGAAGAAAAGAAAAAAGCUAAAUAAUGCCUUAAGUUUUCAAAAAGAUCGAGAACAAGUAAAAGUGAACGGAAGCAAAAUCUAA